UGUCCGCAUCCCACACCGGCAGUCCAUGGACCAGACCCAUCUCGACCGACCGCCUGCGAAGUCCAACCCUCUCUCGUUUUCAACCACGAUCUCGCUGGUUUUCGUCGUCGACUUUUUUCCCUUCAAUCGCAUGCGAAAAGCCGUCAUUUCCCAUCGUCCGAACUCUACGAACAACGAGAAUUCGCCGGUCUCGUCGCUGAGUGGUCGGCGUUGACACACAGUAAUUCUCUCAUUGGUCGGCUGCCACCCGCCACGAUCGGGACUUGGCUGAACACUGCCGGGGCACCUGGGCGAGGCAUGUCAGGGCCCCCGAUCGAGAGUCUCACGAGGUCAAAAAUGACGUCUUUGGCAUGGUCGAUUAGGGGAAGCCGACCCAGAAUGGCGGCGAUACCAUCAUGGGUUCCGGUGCGAUGUCUUUCAGGAGAUCUUGGAGACUGCAAGAGGCAGCCAGGAAAGCAGGGCCGGGAGACAAAGACCGCUUCCGUGACGUCGGCCACGACAAGUGUCGGGCUGGGCCUGAACCUCAAUUUCGACUACGACGUGGGGAACCGGAAUCGGGAACCGGGAGUGUCUUUCUCACAAGCCAGUCGGUUCUUCUGGGACCAGUUGCGUAUUCCUUAG